CAACUUUUCAUAUCUGACAAAGCACCAAACAAGAAGAAUAAAAGAGAGAUUUCUUAUGUUCUUGUUUUAAUUCCACCAGCAUAUGAAGCAUUCAUCAUUAAAAUACAUAGCCAGGAAGUAGAUAUCCGUUGCUGAGCAUCGUUUAAUUUCUAGCCUCGCCAUGAUUUCUCUAACAGAUGUCUACCAUGUUGUGGCAGCCACUGUUCCUCUAUAUGUUGCCAUGAUUUUGGCCUACCUUUCUGUGAAAUGGUGGAAGCUCUUCACGCCAGAUCAAUGCUCUGGAAUUAACAAAUUUGUUGCCAAAUUCUCAAUCCCUCUUCUGUCCUUUCAAAUCAUUUCUUCCAACGACCCUUACAAAAUGAACCAUAAACUCAUCCUCGCGGACUGCCUCCAAAAACUGACUGCAUUCCUGGCACUGGGAGCAGUCACUAAAUUCAGUUCCUAUGGCGGGUUGAAUUCCAUCAUAACCGGCCUCUCUCUUUCGACGCUUCCUAACACGUUGAUCCUCGGGAUUCCGCUGCUGAAGGCCAUGUACGGGGAUGAGGCGGCCAAGCUUGUGACACAGAUAGUUGUGUUGCAGAGCUUAAUCUGGUACAAUAUGCUGCUGUUUCUGUUCGAGUUCAGGGCCGCUAAGGCGGCGUCUGUCACACCUUCAUCGGAACCCACUGCAGAGGAAAUGGACGUGCCUCACGAAGCGCAAUCGAAAGAUGAGACGGAGGACGAAACGAGAGCCAACAAUACUAAGAAGAUCAAAUCUAUUCUGUUAACAGUUGGGAGGAAGCUUAUAACCAACCCAAACACUCAUGCAACAUUUUUGGGUCUGAUUUGGGCAAGCAUACACUACAGGUGGGAAGUGAAGCUGCCAGAAAUCAUUGCGCAAUCAAUCGCGAUACUGUCGAAUGGAGGACUUGGGAUGGCAAUGUUCAGCUUAGGCCUUUUCAUGGCAUCGCGCGGUAGCAUAAUAGUGUGUGGGACACGAAAGGCGAUGAUAGCCAUGGGAUUGAAGUUCAUAGCCGGCCCUGCGAUAAUGGCGGUGUCCUCCUUUGUAGUUGGACUAAGGGGCAGAGUUCUCAGAGUGGCAGUAGUGCAGGCAACUCUUCCUCAAGGAAUUGUUCCUUUCGUGUUUGCGAAAGAAUAUAAUGUACAUCCAGACAUUUUGAGCACCGGGGUUAUUUUUGGGAUGCUCAUUGCAUUGCCAAUAGCAUUGGCCUACUACUUCCUUCUGGGAUUGUAAAUUACGCAGUUUCACCAUGAAGAUACUGGAUCAGAAUACCAACGAUUCGAAAGUUCCGAAAUCGAUUAAAUCGAAACUUUGUGCAGCACAGUUUGAGUACUAUGAAAUGGUGAUCAAAUUGCUGAGGGAUGAGGAUAGAUUAUUGGAAGUCUCUCAUUUAAUUUUUUAGAAUUUGUUUCACAUGUAAUAUGGCUGAUAUGUUUACUACAUACAUACAUACAUGAAUGUCAUAGGAAUUCACGUGAAAACAAAGUACCGACUGUCGACUACUUUUAUACAUGAAUGUAUCUAUUAAACAGACUA